AUGUCGUCGGACGCCAUCAUCGCGGGCUUAAAGCAAGGCAAUGCGAUCGAACUCGGUGUACUCAAGGACAUGAAGGAAGGAUUCGUCGCUCUUGCCGAUGGUAUGAUCAACGAGUGUCUGAAUCGCAGCGAUGGGCUUGAUGAGCUGACGGACAAGCUUCAACUGGAGCCUACGGCUACUACUGCGACGACCCUCACAGCGGAUCAGAAACUUCAUCUUACGAAGGCCAUUAACGACGCUAUCUCGGCCUGCGAGCAAGCUAUCAUCACCAAUAAUCGCAAAGAGGAGAUGCAAGUUGAGCAAGCGAAAACAAGGUUCGCAGCAGAGGCACAGACAAGAAAUGUUCUUGUCAAUCAUCUCAAUGAGCAAAUACGGAUACAUAACAAGAGAAACCUACUGAUGGCCUUCAUGCCUGAGAAACACGACAUCCACGACUCGCUGACAGAACUACGGGCGGAAGAAAAGCAACAUCUGGAUAAACUUCGACAUUCCUACAAGAACGCAGUAAAAGACGCAGCAGCUAGGAAUUCGAGCCAGCUUAAAGAGAUAGCGGGCAUAUAUGAGCAUGAGCGGAACGAAUUUCGCAAGCAGAUCGCAAGUCUUGAGUGCAUUGCCAUCAUAGCGAAGCUUGAUCUCAAAGCUACAAGUCGGGACGAGGCGUCAGAUCAUGUGUCAAUCCAGGAACCGCAAGCCGCUCACAUAAGUAUUACUUCUUCUCCUGUUGGUCGCGGUAGUCGCGGUAGUUUCUCUUCCCGUGGUAGCGUUCACAGUCUAAGCGGUCGGGGCAUGCUUGGUGCUCGCGGUGGUCGUGGUUCAUUUCAAUCACGGCCUACAGACCCAUUCCCUUCAAUUCCGGACAGUCAAACGUUGACAGUGGAUUACCUUCGCCCGCUGUCACGUGGAAAUCCAAGCCCGUGGAAUUAUCAGGGAUAG